CUCAAAGUAACUAAUAGCAAACUCUACAGAAGAGCCAUUCAUAUAUUACAGUAGGUAAAAAUGGGUAACAGUGCCUGCUCCAGUAAGCACCACAGUUGCUGUAAGAGAUGUUUGCUGCGUUCAGAGGAACAGGAGGAAAAAACAAUUGUCAAAAAACGCGUGUACAAAUCGAUCUUUGAAUAUCCUUCCAAUUCUCUGAGUGAUCGGAAGCUCAAAAAAGGAGAUCUCUUGGAGGUGAUUGAGGAAGGAGAACACUGGGUGUAUGCAAAAAGACUUACUGUACAGCAGGGCAAGAAAGGAUUUAUUGAAGAGCCGGUCUACGUACCAACUAAGUGGAUCAAACCAGUGGAUAGUUUGGAGGCACAGCCAUGGUAUUUUGAAAACGUCACAAACCGCACUGAAGCCAGAAGAUGUCUGCUGAGGUCAGAAAACAGCGAGGGUGCAUUUCUUGUGUGGAGAAGUACCAAACAAAAUUGCUUCUGCCUUUCAAUAAAAAAUGGAGCUGGUUCAAAGCAUUACAGAAUAAGGGAAAGAGAAUCUGAUAAAUUGUUUUGCCUCAUUGGUCCGAAAUCAUUUAAGACUCUUCCUGAGUUAGUGGAAUCAUUCUCCAAUGAUCAAGAUGGACUUUGUGCACGCCUUACCCACCCUUGCAUUAUGCUGGACAAUCCAUCCCUUCCCAGUCUGUCAUUUGAAGAAGAAUGGGAAAUCAACCGAAGAACUCUGACCAAAAUCAAGAAGCUUGGCAGUGGGCAAUUUGGAGAAGUGUGGCACGGGCUGUGGAAUAAUAUGAUAGAUGUGGCUAUUAAAGAAUUUCGAGUCAUCAGCCCAGAAAUUCAGACAGAGAUAAAAAUCUUGAAGGAGCUUCAGCAUAAGCACCUGAUCAGGCUGUAUGCUGUGUGCACUGUUGACAAGCCCUUCUGUAUCAUCACAGAGCUCGUUAAAAAUGGGAGCCUAAAGAAAUACCUCAUCAGCCACAAAGAGUUGAGAGAUAUUGGGUUUACACUUAUGGUGGACUUUGCUGUACAGAUUACAGAAGGGAUGUCGUACUUGGAGAGUAAGAAAAUAGUUCACAGAGACUUGAGAGCUGAUAACAUUCUACUCACUGAAAUGUUGUCCUGCAAAAUAGCAGAUUUCGGAUUAGCUCAGUUUACUGUCUCCCAAGAUCAGCAAGUAUCUACAGUUAAAGUCCCAGUAAAAUGGAUGGCACCUGAGAUCUUCAGAGGAGAGGACUACACAAUGAAGAGUGAUGUCUGGUCUUUUGGUAUUCUCUUGACUGAAAUUAUUACAUAUGGAAAUGAUCCAUACCCAGACCAUGACAAAGCGGCUUGUAUCCAGGCCGUUCAGAGGGGAUACAGGAUGGCACAGCCAACAGAAUGUCCUCCAUCACUGUAUGAGAUCAUGAUGCUGUGCUGGAAGUCCAACCCUAAUGAAAGACCAACAUUCAUGGAGCUUCAGAAAAGUUUAAGUAGUCUGAUCCCUGAACCCCUUUGUCAUGCUUAAUUAGAGCAUUCAGAAGCUUAUUUAUAAACAUAAUGCCUAGAUUAUCUAGUGCAAGUUAUGAUUAUAUACUGUACAGUUAAAUAAUGAUAAAAACUCUAGGGGAUUAUUCCCACAAAAUGCUGCUGCAAUCAUAUUAGCUAACAUAUUUUUACAGAAAGUCUUUUGGU